GGUGACAGUGGCGGAGGAGUGACCGCAACGAUUCGUGGAAGAAGUUACUUGUUGGGCAUAGCUGUUAUGGGGCCACCUUGUGAUCUCAUUGUUGCUAAAGCUGGGGCUCGUUUUCAUCCACAGGCAAGCAAAGUUUUGAAUGUCGUGUUAAUAUUUGCACCGACAUCAUGUACUACAAGAAGAUCAUCAAAAAAUGGAUUCUGGCAAAGAGGACUAGCAAACCCGAAGCUGCGAAACCACGGUACAGAAAGCCCCACAGUUUGUUCGAAGCGAUAUUAG